UUCAGAUUGAACCCUUAACAUGGAUACCAUUAAAACUAUCCAAACAAGGACAUCCAUGAAACGUAUAUCAGAGUCAGUGUUCAUGAGACUUUGUCGUAAACUCGGUACCUCACAGCAGGUGGCCAUGAGGAGAGAUGUGGUGGACAUCAGUGAGAUGAUACAGGUUCAAAAGACCGCAAUAAGUGGUUCAGCGAGUAUGCUGUUGAGUGGGAGUCACAGAGAAGGAUUCAGACUGGAGGGAUCAGAUAUUGACUAUAUGUUCUGGCCAAAUGAUCACCGUGUGAUCUGGGACUUAUCUCAGUCUCGGUAUUACAACUCACACCGACAAACACUGAUCCUCUGUGACUGUUCUGAUAGUCCACCAGGAUUUACUUUAUUAUAUUUACUCUCACUAAGCGUGCUAAAAAAAGUUCAAUAUGCUUGUGUUCGAAUGAAUAAUAGACAUUAUAUUUCUAGUUCUAAAUACAGAGAGAUCUCGUGUGCCUUACCCUCGUCAGUUACUACGUCUCUUCACGGACCAUGUGCCCGCGGAUUUAUUGGACCAAAUGAAUUUGAUAAUGCCCACUGUUUUGUUAGUGACUUUUGGCCUCCAUCUGCCUCUUCAUGGAUAGCCAGAUGUCACUCAUGGCCCCAACCUCAUGUCGUUGAUGAUAUAGUAGAAAAUGGGUGUCAUUUUGUAGCUAUAGGACAUAAACUAGGAAGAAAUGAAGUCAAUGAAUGGAGAAUUUCUUUCUCACGGGCGGAAUGUAAACUUGUAUAUGUCAUGAACCAUUGCCAGUUCUUAACCUAUGGUUUGCUCAAAUUGUUUUUAAAGGAAAUAAUUAACAGUGAAUUAAAUGAUAGAGGGAAAUUGCUGUGUUCCUAUCACAUGAAAACAGCAGUUUUCUGGGUUAUUCAACAGAAUAUCAUGCUUCACUGGUGUCCACAAAAUCUCCUGGAGUGUUUCUGGGUCUGUUUUAAACUCAUCCUCAAAUGGGUGUUUGAUGGAGUCUGUCCAAACUUCUUUAUUCCAGCUAAUAACAUGUUUCUGGGUAAAAUUCAUGGUGCAGCACAAAAUUAUUUAUUUAUUAAAAUGUAUGGAUUGUAUAAGAAUGGGAUUGGAUUCCUGCUACACAGUCCAUCUAUUAGAUCUUCCAUUAUGACUGCCCUUUAUAACCCUAGAAACCCUAUCCAGAAACUCUGUACAGACGAGCACACUCUGAUUUCUGAAAAUGAAUUUGAUAUAGAAUUGUUUCGAGAAAUACUAAGAAAUGCUUCAAUAUGUAUAUACAAAGCACCUCUACAGAGCUGUAUAAUGUACCUACAGGCAAUAGAACACUUGAUCAGUGAGCAUUCCAUGACACAGUAUCAAAUCAUCAGGUUGCAGAAAUUUACAGCCUCUAUCUUUCAGAAUCUUCCCUUUACACUAUCACUACACACGAUGACUUGCGCAACUGAAAACAAACUGAGGUAUAGAGCUGAUAAGAUCUCCUGUCACAUGCUGAAAUUAUCAGCCAAGUUUGGUUGUAUCUCUGACUUGCUGUACAUAGCUAUGUAUUAUUACAAGACACUUAGAUAUAAGAAAGCUUUACCUAUUAUAGACAUGGUAAAGGUCAGGUUAACACAGCCAUAUGUGAUAUAUAACCCUUAUGUAGAUGCGGAGACGUAUAUACAGGCUGUAGGGGGACAGUCUUGGUCUACAAAAAUGAGACAGGCUUUAUCAUAUGACAUCGACCUUGUAAACUUAAUUCAUUAUAUUUGUGAAUUAAUACCAGAACAGCAGUCUGGUCUUAAGUAUGUUACAUUUUCCUCAUGUAUCCCACUCUUUGUGCUGUUACACAUGUUAGAGAUUCUUUGUUGCAGACAUUUAGAUACAAGAAGAGCACACACAGCUCUUGAUGAUCUACGAACCUUAGUUCAGUUUGAUCAGGGACAGUUUAUAUCUUCAGAUCUCAGAGACAUAUCGUGA